AGUUCUGCACUUCUGCUUGCUCCCCACGCGGCCACGCCGAACGGGAAUCCGGCUCAUCAGCCCCUGCACCAGCAUCAGCAUCAGCGCCGCCGCCGCCGCCGCCCUCCUCGCGCUCUUCACAGUCCUCCCGCCCUUCCCGCGCCUGGUCUCCCCUCGCGUUCCCGAUGUCAUCUUCCACCGCACUCGCGUGGCGACGCACCCUCCGCAACGCCCUACUUCGCGGCUUCCCGCGGCGCGGCGCGGCGCCCGAGCGGUACGCCAGCACGGCCUCCGCGUCCGGCGCGGCCGCCGAUGCUGCAGCUGCAGCCGCGCCGAAGAAGGUGCCCCCGUCACCCCGCAAGGGAAGGCUUUUAACUGGGGCCAUGAUAGCGUUGGCCAUUGGUGGAGGUGCUUAUGUGAGUACUACAGAUGAAGGAAAGUUUUGCGGAUGGUUAUUCAAGUCAACAGAACUUGUGAACCCACUCUUUGCACUGUUGGAUGCAGAGUUUGCUCAUAGUUUAGCUGUUAAAGCGGCUGCCCAUGGAUUUGUUCCAAGAGAAAAGAGACCUGAUCCAUCAGUUCUUGGGGUUGAGGUUUGGGGAAGGAAGUUUUCAAACCCAAUCGGUCUUGCUGCUGGCUUUGAUAAAAAUGCUGAGGCAGUUGAAGGUCUCUUAGGCCUGGGAUUUGGCUUUGUGGAAGUUGGCUCUGUGACACCUCUUCCUCAAGAGGGAAAUCCCAAGCCUCGAAUUUUCAGAUUAAAGGAGCAUGGUGCUGUAAUCAACCGAUGCGGAUUCAACAGUGAAGGAAUUGUAGUUGUUGCUAAGCGUCUUGGGGCACAACAUGGCAAGAGGAAGAUGGAAGAAACUUCAAGCUCCACGCUUCCCUCAACCAGCGACAUAAAGCAAGGAGGAAAAGCAGGACCUGGAAUCUUGGGAGUCAAUCUUGGCAAGAACAAGACUAGUGAAGAUGCUGCUGCUGAUUAUGUGCAAGGGGUUCAUACAUUGUCACAAUAUGCUGAUUACUUGGUCAUAAAUAUUUCUUCCCCAAAUACUCCUGGUCUUCGCAAAUUACAAGGUAGAAAACAACUGAAAGAUCUUGUGAAGAAGGUGCAAGCUGCACGGGAUGAGAUGCAGUGGGCUGAAGAUGGACCUCCACCAUUGCUCGUGAAGAUUGCACCAGACUUGUCUAAGCAGGAUCUUGAGGAUAUUGCUGCGGUUGCUCUUGCUCUUAGGUUGGAUGGCCUGAUUAUAUCAAACACCACAGUUUCCAGACCAUCACCUGCAGAUAAACAUCCAUUGGCUCAGGAAACUGGUGGAUUAAGUGGGAAGCCUUUGUUGGACUUAUCUACUAACAUUCUCAGGGACAUGUAUAUGCUUACACGGGGCAAGAUUCCCCUCAUAGGCUGUGGUGGCGUGAGUAGCGGUGAGGAUGCAUACAAGAAGAUCCGUUCCGGAGCUACACUUGUUCAACUUUAUACUGCUCUUGCAUAUGGUGGUCCAGCUCUUAUACCCAGAAUAAAGGCUGAGCUAGCAGAAUGUUUGGAAAGAGACGGUUUCAAAUCUGUGCAGGAAGCAGUCGGCGCUGAUUUCCGAUGAUCCCUGGCGGAUCGCUGAGAAGGUCUGAAUAACCGUUCCGUUAAAGUUCAUGUGAUUUUGAUGAGAAGCAAGCAACUUUUUUUUUGUGUGUGGGCACGAUGCUUGCCAAUUCCAUUUGACCGGUACUUGAAAAGAAAUACCGGGUUGAAACUUUGCUGGGGGUGAGUUGAGUAAUGAGCGGCUGUAUCACGCGCGCG